CCAACAGGCUCCGCGUGCUCGUAUAUUUAAUAACGAGGAUCGUCCGAUGUGACGUCAGGUCGGACAUGCACAGUUGUCGCGCCAUGGCGUCCAUAGCCAACGUAAGAGUGCGAAAUCUCAUUUUCGAACCGAACGAUCGGCCGAGAUGACGAAAACCCGUCGGGUUUUGCGCAGCGCGCGAUCGUCCCUACGACGAUUCCGCGGAGAAUCGAAUGAUCGAUAUCGCUCGAACGUGACCCGACCGCGCAGACGCCGAGUGUCUCCGCUAUAUUUCGUUCCAGUAUUGUGGCAGUAUCUCGACGCGAUCGAGACAGGGAUUUCGAGUAAUCGUUUCGCGCCAGUGCAAGCGAGUGGAUGCACGCUGCACGGUCGCGCCGCUCCCGGGGACCGUCCGAGAUCCGUCAGUGCUCGACUGCUUCACUCGAGAGGCGAGCUGCGCCGUUUCGUCGCCCAAAAUUCUUAAAGAAUGGCAGCGAAGGCUAUUCGAGAGGCAACCGGGAAAGAUCUAAUCAAUCGUAAGCUUCCCCUCGGGACGAAAGCAGCGAAAUGCCGAUUCGUGCCCGUCACGGAAAAUACAAAUUGGGUUGAUAUCGUCGACGACUAUCCGUGGCUCAAAACAGAGAAACUAGUGGUCAAGCCGGAUCAGUUAAUUAAACGUCGUGGGAAACUCGGAUUGAUCAAGGUGAACGCGGAUCUACCGACGGUGCAGAAAUGGAUUGAGCAACACAUGAACAAGGAACAACGAGUCGGUAAAGCGACUGGAAAAUUAAAGACGUUUAUAAUUGAGCCGUUUAUACCACACAAGCCGGAGGAAGAAGUUUACGUAUGCAUCUAUUCUCAUCGCAAAGCCGACACAAUACUGUUUCAUCAUCAAGGAGGCGUUGAUAUCGGAGACGUCGACGCCAAGGCCUUGAAAUUAGACGUACCGGUUGGCGCUGAGGCACCCGAUCGAUCUACCUUAAUUAAUAAGCUCCUGACGAACGUGGUGGACGAGAAAAAAGUGGUGAUUUCCGAGUUCAUAGAAUCUCUUUACAAGCUCUACGUUAAUUUAUACUUCACCUAUCUGGAGAUCAAUCCACUGGUGGUGACGGACACUGCGAUCUACGUGCUCGAUCUCGCAGCCAAGUUGGACACCACGGCGGACUUUAUAUGCAGGCCGGACUGGGGCGAAAUUGAUUAUCCGCCGCCGUUCGGGAGGGACGCCUAUCCGGAGGAGGCCUACAUCGCCGAUCUAGAUGCCAAAUCUGGCGCCAGCUUGAAGCUAACGAUUCUCAAUCCGGACGGCCGCGUGUGGACAAUGGUUGCCGGUGGCGGCGCGUCUGUCAUAUACUCGGACACGAUUUGCGACCUUGGCGCGGCUCACGAAUUGGCCAAUUACGGUGAGUAUUCCGGCGCCCCCAGCGAGCAGCAAACGUACGAGUACGCGAAAACGAUAUUGAGCCUGAUGACGAAGCAGAAGCAUCCCGACGGAAAGGUACUUAUCGUCGGAGGUGGAAUCGCAAAUUUCACAAACGUCGCCGCCACGUUCAAGGGCAUCGUUAAGGCUCUACAAGAGUACCAGCCCAAGCUGGUGGAACAUGACAUAAAGAUCUUCGUGAGAAGAGCCGGACCUAAUUAUCAAGAGGGCCUAAGGAUAAUACGAGAGGUUGGCAGACGUCUGGCGAUUCCUGUUCACGUGUUCGGCCCCGAGACACACAUGACGGCUAUAUGCGCCAUGGCGUUGGGAAAGAAACCGAUUCCCGACCCGGAAACUCAAGAAUUCUCAACCGCAAAUUUUCUCUUGCCUUCCGGGCAGGAUGUCGGGCCGCCGUCCACGCCGUCCGAAAGUAGCCUACAGUUCGAGCAGCCUAAACCGAGAACUGUCGAUGCGGUCGACUCGGCUAACAGUAGGCAGCUUUUCACAAAUAAAACGAGAUCGAUCAUAUGGGGCAUGCAAACGAGGGCCGUGCAGAGUAUGCUCGACUUUGACUUCGUCUGCCGGAGGUCCGAGCCGUCCGUCGCCGCGAUCGUUUAUCCGUUCACGGGCGAUCACAAGCAGAAGUUUUACUGGGGCCACAAGGAGGUGCUCAUUCCCGUUUACAAACAAAUGAAAGAUGCCAUGGCCAAGCACACAGACGCGGACGUUAUGGUCACGUUCGCCUCUCUAAGAUCCGCGUAUGAGAGUACGAUGGAGACGCUGCAAUUUCCGCAGAUCCGCACGGUUGCCAUAAUCGCGGAGGGCAUACCGGAGAAUAUGACCAGGAAGUUGAUUCUAGCGGCGCAGCGGAAGAACGUGACUAUAAUUGGACCGGCAACCGUGGGCGGGGUGAAGCCGGGCUGCUUCAAGAUCGGCAAUACCGGCGGCAUGAUGGAUAAUAUCCUGCACAGCAAAUUGUACAGACCCGGCAGUGUCGCUUACGUUUCCCGCUCCGGUGGCAUGUCGAACGAACUGAACAACAUAAUCUCCAAGGCUUCCAACGGCGUGCUGGAGGGCGUCGCGAUCGGCGGCGAUCGGUAUCCGGGAACCACCUUCAUGGAUCACAUAAUGCGCUAUCAGAGCAAUCCGGACGUGAAACUGAUCGCGCUGCUCGGGGAGGUCGGCGGCGUCGAGGAGUACGAAGUGUGCGAAGCGCUGAAGACGAACAGAAUCACGAAGCCGCUGAUUGCCUGGUGCAUCGGCACCUGCGCCAGCAUGUUCACUUCCGAGGUGCAGUUCGGUCACGCCGGGUCCAUCGCGCACUCCAAUCUCGAGACCGCUUCCGCGAAAAAUGCGGCGCUCAAGGCCGCCGGCGCGCACGUUCCGAACAGCUUCGACAAUCUCGGUGAUCUCGUGCAGAACGUUUACGAACAGCUGGUGAAUGACUGCACGAUAGUACCCGCGCCCGAGGUCCCGCCGCCGACCGUACCGAUGGACUACAACUGGGCCAGGGAGCUCGGCCUAAUACGCAAACCUGCGUCGUUCAUGACGUCGAUAUGCGACGAACGCGGGCAGGAGCUGCUGUACGCCGGCAUACCGGUGACCGAGGUGCUGAAGCAGAACGUGGGCAUCGGCGGUGUCGUCUCGCUUCUGUGGUUCCAGCGUUGUUUGCCGCCGACCUACUGCAAGUUCCUCGAAAUGUCACUGAUGCUUACGGCCGAUCAUGGACCGGCCGUUUCCGGAGCUCACAACACCAUCGUUUGCGCGCGUGCCGGCAAGGAUCUGGUCAGCUCCCUCGUUUCUGGACUCCUCACGAUCGGUGAUCGCUUCGGUGGCGCGUUGGACGGCGCGGCCCGCAUGUUCUCCGAGGCGUACGACGCCGGUCUGCAUCCGCAGGAAUUCGUGAACAACACGCGGAAGAAGGGCAAGCUGAUCAUGGGCAUCGGCCAUCGCGUCAAGUCGAUCAACAAUCCCGACAUGCGUGUCAAGCUCAUCAAGGAAUUCGUGCUGGAGAACUUCCCGGCGAAACCCUUGGUCGAGUACGCCCUCGAGGUCGAGAAGAUCACGACCAGCAAGAAGCCUAACCUGAUCCUCAACGUGGACGGUAUCAUCGCCUGCGCGUUCGUCGACAUGCUGCGCAACAGCGGUAGCUUCACGAGGGAGGAAGCGCAGGAGUACAUUGAAAUAGGUGCCAUAAACAGCCUGUUCAUCCUCGGCCGAAGUAUAGGAUUUAUUGGUCACUACAUGGAUCAGAGAAGAUUAAAGCAAGGCCUCUACCGUCACCCAUGGGACGAUAUUUCUUACGUCCUGCCGGAGCAAUAUAAUUGAAAUUCAUCGAACAAUGCGUUGGAUAGUGCUUUAUGUCUCAUUGUUAAUCAUUUUAUUCCGAGGACGUCUUAAGGAUAAACGAAUUAAGACAGAAGAAAAAGAAAGAAAGAGAGAGAAGGGGAGGGAGAAAAAGAGAAACGAAUAAUCGGUGGUCUACAUAGCGAGUGAUAAAUCGAUGAAUCAUUAAUCGGGGUCGGUACAUGUAGAAUCAAUUCACAUCGAAUCAUCGCAGCACAGCACAGCACAGUUCGAUAAAACCUUGUAGUCUUACUUUUCGAGAGCUAUUUAUUGAGGGCAGUCAGCUACUGCCGUGUGGCAUUGAUCGAUUCUUUCCUAAUCACGAGAUUCCACGCCGCUUCGCGCGUUUGCACAUUAAAAUUCAGAUCUUAGGCACUUGGAACUGGCUACGAGAUGCAUUCCACGAUGUGCAUUCCCCUCGCGAGGAGCAAGCGGCGGCACAUGAAGCAUUUCGCUUGGAAUUAGUACGAGGAGGAGCCUAAUUAACUAACAUGAUUUCUAAUUAAUUAGGUAAAAAGCAUUACUAAUCACACACACAGAUACACACACACACACGUGCACAACUCUAAUAUAUGAAUUACAAA